CGCUCAUCAAGCUAGGUCGCACGACGUUGGCUCAACGUUUUGUGACGGGUGAUCAAGUCACGACAGCUUUGGAAAUCCGUGUUCAUGCGUGCGCUUCGCCUUGCUGGCCACCUCCGGAGCCGUUCGUCUCCGAAGGAGGGACAUUGAGCCCAAGACAACCCCACCAGAUGAUCUCACCGUGCUCGAGGCUUGGACCCUGUGAUUUGGCGGCUGAGGCCCUCCUGUGUGCUGAAUGAUUUAACCACGCAUGAUACUUAUUGCUGCGCACUGUCUUCGCUUCUCAACGUUCUCUCUUAUUCUUUGGCCCGCGAGAAACCCCCAUCUUUUCAUUUGCUCUCCGUUCGAAGUUGCGGGCAGAAUUUGAGCGUGGAGAGCGACAAUGGCGGACAGACCCCGCUACAGCCAUCGACGACCACGUUAUUACGACGACGAGAGCGACACAGACGUAGACGACUACCCACCACCCCGACCACGGCCACAUCGCGACGACAGACGCGCGCCUCCUCCCCCAGCUCAGGUACCUGCCGCCGCCGCUCCACCACCGCCUCCUCCACCUGCGCAAGUACGCCGCCCUUCCAUCCUUUUAGACCCAGAAGAAACACCCAGCGAGCGAGAACGCCGCCGACCAAGGCGAGAUUCUAACGUACGCCUACAGACUUCUGACGACGAAAAUGGAUACACACGGUCGCGGCAUGCCCCGCCGCUAGCAAAGCAUGAUCUUGAGAACAAGACCGGAGAAGAUCAUCACAAAUUCAGGGCCAAGCGAGAUGGCUACGAAAGCGAUGAGGGAGAGAAUCUGAGGAAGGCAAGGAAGGCACAUCCGUCCACAAAGCCCUACCCAGACGAUGACGAGGAGUAUGGUGGGCCGAAACCGCGAGAUCACGUUCUGCCGUUGAGAGGCAAACCGCGGGAUGCAGUCGAGUACGGAGUAGAUGCGGUACCUGCUGCCGAUCCUCCCAUUAGGAGACGACGCACAUAUAAAGACCCCUCCAGCCGCAGUAGAGACUACGAAGAUUAUGACCCGCCCAGUCCUCGGCGCCCCGACCGCCGCAGAUUAGAUUUUGACGAUCCGGGUUAUCGUUCAGACAACAUCCGCAGACGCUCCUCAAUCCGCCAGCCACGACCACGCAGAGAUUAUGAUGACUAUGAUGAUUAUGACCGUCCUCGACGCCGAGACGAGGGCGGUUAUCGCUCGGGAGGGGAGCGAGGACGCCCGCGACCGCAAGACUACUAUUCUGACCACCGCGAAGACCGGGCGCCACGUCGAGGAGACCCAAGACGGUACCCCAGAGAUGAUCGCUACGAUGAUCGAUAUGACGACCGCUACGACGACCGUUACGACGACCGUUACGAUGAUCGCAGGAGACACUCAUACGCGCGAGAUCCGUAUGCACGAGACCCAUAUGCGCGAGACCCGUACUCUCGAGACCCGUAUGCGCGACCACGGGACGACCGGCGAAAGUCCACGGGAAGCACAAUGAAGGACUGGCAAAAGGAGGCAGGGGCGGCGUUCAUGGCGUAUGCGAUGCCGGCGAUCAAGAAGGAGGGCACGAAGUUCGUGAAGAAGGAACUCCAAAAGUUCCUCGCCAGCCGCGGAGCGGGGGGUUCCUAAACGUGAAAGGACGAACGUUGGAAUGAAAUCGCGACUGUGUUUGGCAUUAGAAUGACGUUUGAAUUUUCCCCUAAUUCUUUCUUCUUCUUGAGACAAAAGCCUAGGGUGUUGUCAGGACGUCGGAUGUAAUGAGUCGUUUAACCUCAACAAGCUCAUAAAAAAAGGGAGUUGGUUUCUUUAAAGGUAGAUUUUCUCUAUUUUUAAUGCGACACAAUAAUCCGGCACGAUAUGAGUGCGGUCCUGCCAUGUUUGAGUGGCAUUCGUAAGCGGAUAUAUAAGGGUUCACACCGACCAGUAUACAAAUCUUAGCAAGUCGUACCUCCCUUCUUCUUCG